CAAAAAAAAAUAAAAAAAAGCUGCAGUCACAACGCCCCCCCCCCCUCCCCCCAACACACACUUUUUUUUCUCUCCACCGAUAAAUUGCCAAGAGUCGCAACAUCUGGAGGACGAGCCAGAGAAAGUUUUUAAGGAGGCAGAGAGGAAGAGGGGGAAAGUGGGAUCGCGAGUGGAGAAAAAUGCACUGAAAAGUGAAGUUUUUUGGGGGGAGGGGGGAGUGCACGUGCCCGGCGUGCGGAGGGCAAGAUCCGCGGGAGGGUGUAGAUAAGGGUGGAGGGGGAAGGGGGAAGGAGCUCUCGGAGGGUGACAGAAGUCCACCUGGAGAGGUCAGAGAAUGAAUUAGCCAAAAGUUGGGAUACUCCGCCAUCCAUCCACACACAAGGCUAGCUCCUCUGCCCCUCCACCUCCUCGGAAAAGAGCCAAGCCUACGCCCAUGGAUGAGGAGAGGUGUGCUCCUGCCAUCUCCCCAAAGCCACCAGAGGAUGGGGACCCCUGUCCCGCAGCCCCCCUUCCCAUUUUACAUGUAAAGGCUACCAUAGAGAUUGAAAAUAAGGCCCUGAUCCCAACAACAAGUAGAGAUGUGGCCAACACCUACACUGAGCCCCUCAUAUUGAGGUCAAAUGUCAUCCCAGAGAGGACACAAGGUGACGACGGAGGCAAAUGCAAAAGUAGCCUCUCGCACCCGGAGCUCACAACACCCAGCAGGGGUAUCACAUGGACUUUAAGGACUGAAGUGAAGAUGCCCUCGAGCAUUGUUCUCUUCCUGAGACAACAUAGAAUCUUGACUUGGGAGAGGUCGCCACUGCAGGCACACCAGUCCAGCAAACUCUCCUCCAGCAACCACACAUUCGACCAUUGCACACAGUGUGGUCAACCAGCAGCCAGAUCCACACCCAUCCACCCCACCCAGCCAUGUCGGACGCAACCUAGCAGCCAAAUACGCAACGGAACUAAACAUCACGCACACACACACUCCACUCACUGUCCGCGUCCCACACCUCACACACACUCACUCCAGUCUGGCGGGGACAGGAAUGGGGGCCCUCAUCCAAAACUGGGCUCCCUCCCCAGAGGAGGCUCAUCCACCUCCUCCUCCUCCUCAGCAGGGCCCAGGAACAGCAAGAAGUUGCAGUCUAACCCCUCGAUCACCUCCCAGAGCAGCAAGAGGAGCAAAGCCAGCUCCAGGAGUAGCUCCAAGAGCAACAGCUCUCAGAUUCCCACAGAGGCACAGGAUGACUGCUGCGUUCACUGCAUCCUGGCCUGCCUCUUUUGUGAAUUCCUGACGCUGUGUAACAUCGUCCUGGACUGCGCCACCUGCGGCUCGUGCGCAGGCAACGACUCGUGUUUCUGCUGCUGCUGCGCGUCGGAGGAGUGCGGUGACUGCGAUCUGCCGUGCGACAUGGACUGCGGCAUCAUCGACGCCUGCUGUGAGUCUGCAGACUGUCUGGAGAUCUGCAUGGAGUGCUGCAGCCUUUGCUUCUCUUCCUGAGGUCACUACGCCCAGGGAGGCGCAACCACUUCUUCACUUCUCAAUCUUAUCUCCACAAAGCCCGGGAGCGACUUCAAUCAGCGUCUUGUCAAAGCUCCGAAGUUCUACAUUCGGUCUUUGUUGUCAUAACUUGGCUUGGACUCUGUGGCUCUCACGAUAUUGGCUUGCCUUGUUGGCUCCACAAUACAGUAUGUCCCUCACAAAAGAGUUUGAGAGCAGUCAAUGGUGAAUUCCUCCCUCUCUUAUGGAUCAAAGCAGAGAAAAGCAGCCCGUCCUGCUUUGUGCUGGCUGUUGGGCCAUCGCUACACAGUCUGAUGUGCACUGCAGUUUCAGCUGUGGUCCGCUAACGUGCGCGAACUGGAUUGUUCCAAUGGAGCCCCUUGUGCCGUCUAAGUGACUGGAGUUCUCCAAGCGUGAAAAAUGACCUCCAAAGGCAAAUGAGAAAAUGGAUCCAUUUAACCGGAUUUUAGUGUUUCUGUUGAUAAGAGCAGCAGCGUAAUGGAAAAAUUGAAGCUCAGCUCUCUGUAGAACUGUCUGAGUCUGUCCUUGGCAAGGUUAACGUCUUCCAGUCUGAUUGCAUGCCAUGGCCUUUGUGACACGCACGGCCCAAGAGGCUGAUGUUGGAUCCAUUGAUGUCUUUGUCCACGGAGAAAUCUACAAAACAGAGAAUAAUCGUGGCUUGUGGCAAUAUUAUAGACACAUUUCCUUUGUUCGUAAGUGUCUCAUUUAACAGACGUAAUCAGCGUAGAAUCAUGAGAGAGUCAUUCAUCAGCUUGCAGAUGGAGUGCAUCAAAUCAGGCCCGUUAGUGAUGGACAUCAGCGGGCAACGCUUGAUGGCAUUUAGAAUGAUCACAUUCUCUGCUUAACGUGACGGGAGCGUUCGCAAUCAAAUGUCUCUCCUCAUUUCAUAGUUCAUAUCGUGUUUACUUUUACAUUGAUUUGAGGAGUUCGGCUGUGUCCACUGAAAUAUUCCUCGUCCAAAUGGUCAAAACUGGUAAAAGGACUGGACUAGAAGGCAGCAUUUUUCUUGAAUACAUUUCAUCUUUCUUUGUCACGCUCGUUAUGUGAACAAAUGGUCUUCUCGGCUUAGCUCACUGCCUCCCUUUCCAAGUAGAUUCCAAAUCUCUAUUAAUCCUUUUUGGGGGCUAGAUUUUCGUUAAGAUAUUUGCAUUUCUCCUCUAAUGUGAAAAUCACAUUUCUGUGUUAUCAGGUUUGACCAAGCUAGCUGUAGAGCAGGUACUGCUGAACAUCUAAUUGAAUUCUGCCAGUGAAAAUCUCAUAUUGCAUUAUGCUAAGUUGGAUUCACACGCCCAUAGUAUGAAUGGUACGAUUUUGAUAACAGGCCUUGACUCUUAUACCAUCACACACAUUUUCUCCAAGCCAACACUAUGUGCUUUAUAAAUGACUUGAUGCAUAUCUCUCCUCUAAUAAUCCGAUAUUUUGUGCAAUUUUGUUUCUUGAAAAUAUCAAAGUUUACUUUGACUGGAAGAUAGUUUCUUGAUUUAUAAACGUGUGUACAUAGAAGGGUUUGUGUGUGAAUUCAAACCCUAUUCUCGGGGGCUGACUUUGGUAAGAAUACACAAAGAGGAGAAAAUCAAGCUAAUAACAGCAACGCAGAAAUGAAAGUUUCUGGAAUUAAACAAGUGGAACUGGAGAUGUCAUCACUAAGAGUGUCUCAAAAUUUCCAACACAUUGAAAAUUAUAAUCCUGGAAAGCCCUGGAAAACAAUGCAAUAUUUAACAGAGAUUUAUGGAGGGACAACUGGAUCAUAGAAUACUACAGACAAAUGGAUUACAAUGUCAUGUUUGGGGUAAGAUACAAAAUACCGUAGCACUUUACAGUUUCUCUGUCGCCAAACCAACCAUAUCACAAGAACAACCAUCAAAAUUGUAUGUACUUGGCAAAACCAAAGGAAAAUAUUUUUAGGGUGAAUCCUUACAGUAAAUGAAAGCUACUUUGAUAUCAGUCUAUCGCUUCACAGCCAAAAAGCCAAUUUUUAAGCACAACGUAUUCAUUGAUGACAACAGCACAAUGUUUUUGUUUGUUUGUUUUCUUUAACAGUCUACUAGGCGUGGGCAACACAGUUUGUUUAUUCUCGUUCAGAGUAACCAAGCUUUAAACCAACACAUACAUACAUACAUGCUAAACUAACUUGUCACUGUUGUCACAUACAGUGUAUUGUUCCGGAAGAAACAUUUUAUUUUAACACUACUAUUAAAGCAACAUCUGCACCAUGUUGGUUGGUUGGUUGGUUGGUUGGUUGGUUUGGUCGGGAAGUGGAUAACACCUUGUAAAAAUAAAUGAAUAAAUGUAAUUUGGAUAAACAUAUUAUGGCUAUUAUUACUGGAAAUAGAAAUGUUAUGUAGGUCCUACCAUACCAUUCAUUCUCUGGUAUUUGAAUGAUGUUCCAUUAUUCCCAUUCCAUUUUUUUUUAAACUUCACUACGAACAUUGUUUAGCUUUAUGGACUUGUAAUCUUGUGAUAAUUUUAUUUGUAUUUUUUUUAAGUGGUUUAUAUAUAAGCUGGACCCCUCUACUAGUAGUGUAAAGUCUAUCACAGUGCAGAUGAAAUGUUACUUGAGUAUUGUCCACAAUAAUGUCAAUCUGUUUACAACAUAGCAACUUUGUUUACUUCAAUUGCUGUCUUGGGAGUCACAUGAAAAACUUUUCGUUUAGUACUGAAUAAAC